GGGUGGACGGAGGCAGAGGAGGUGCAGCUGGUGUAGGAUGCCUUGUUCAAAGUGCGACAUGUUUGUGGUUCAAGGACGCAAGCACACAGCAUCAUGGCCAAGGAGGUGGUGUUUAUGUGCCCUGAACGGGGUAUUUAUUGCGUCGGUGGCAAAUUUUGGCCUGUUGGGAAAUCGUACAUUCUGCAUGAGCAGGUUGGUUCAGGCUCGUAUGGGGAUGUCUGCAAGGCGACAGAUAGAGAGACUGGCGAAGUGGUGGCCUUGAAGAGGAUCGCAGAUGUUCUCUGCUGCCCUAUGUUGGCGAAGCGUGUGCUUCGAGAAGUUUGUAUCAUGAGGCGGAUCUCGCACCCAUAUGUCAUUAGAUUGAGCAAUGUGUUUAUUGAGCAGUCAACAGAGGGUCAAGGUGGCAUAGAUCUCUACAUUGCAACUGAGUUUGCAGACGGCGAGCCGCAGGGACUCAAUGUGCCUGCGAAGAGCGGCAAAGAAUAUGGGAUGUUUGCUGCCCGCUGGCAUAGUGGGAUUAUGCCAGGGGAGGAGAGGUCAUCCAGAAAGAAAGAGGAGCAACAGACUGCCACUGAACACUGGUCACGGACAGGAGUAAUUACAGUAAGGGAUAUCAAAUCGGAGAAUACAUUGUUGAUGACAAACAUGACAGUCAAGAUAUGCGAUUUUGGGCUUUCACGUUCAGCUUUUGGGGGAUGUCCAGCGUUGGAUUCUACAAAACCUGGGAAGAAAGAACUACGACGCCAGUAUACGAAGACGGUAGUAACUCCUAGCUAUCGAGCACCGGAGGUGGUUAUGUCAAGGGGGAUAUACACGUCAGCAAUCGACAUAUGGUCCGUUGGUUGCAUCUUCUGGGAGCUCAUACAAAGACAGAAAGAUCAAAACCGCCUCGGGCCUCCAAGACCCCUCUUUGGACUACGAGGUGAGCCAGCAACCCCGGAGGAAGGUGCAACAUAUGUACACAACAUCUCAACUCUCCUCCACGAACAGAUGGAUGUCAUUUUCAAUGUUAUAGGGACACCCUCAUGGCAAGACAUCAAGAGUGUGCCCGGUGAACGCUGGCAAGCGUAUUUGAGAGGUCUACCUGGAAGAGCGGGCAACCUGCAAAUGCAGUUGCAUGGAUAUGAUAAGGAAGCAGUUGAUCUACUUUCUAGAAUGCUCAGCUUUAAUCCUGAGACUCGGUGCACGGCAGAGGAGGCGCUCUCCCAUACGUAUUUCAAUAGCAUAGCAAGGCAAUCUGCUCCUUUUCAGGGUACAGCAGAGGAAGUCUCUUUUCCUCCUCUCCCCGACGACAAACAUUUCUGGCAAGUCCGUGAGCCAGCAGUUGCACUUGGGCUCCUCGAGAGAGAGCUUGGGAGGUCGGUAGCAGAAGCAGAUGGCGGUAAACGACUUCUGGCCUGGUUGAUAGAGAGUGAAGCCAAAGCGGCAGCGCAAGAUUGCAGCCGUAAGGCGCCAGCACCUGCGCGGCCGAUAGCUUCCUGUCCUCUGGCGACACCCACCUUCGCUGUGAACACAGGACAUUUUCAGCAAUGUUUGGUCGACCAGCACGAGCAGCAGGAUGGCCGCCAGGGUCAGCAAGUCGACAUGCGGAGUCGAGUUAUCGUCCGCCUGUCACUACAAUGCCACGAAGCAAAUGAAUUUGUUACGUUGCCGCAGGCCGCAAAUUCUGGCUGGCCCGGCGUAAUCGGCGCAUCGAUAAGUGAAGCGGAGCAAUUUGAAGCGGAUGUAGAUGUGGAAGAGGAGGUAGAGGAGGAUGAAGAGGACGAAGUAGAGGAAGAGGAGGAGGAGGAGGAAGAGGAGGGAGAGGAGGAGGAGGAGGAGGAAGAAGAAGGAAGGCUUAGCGAUGAUGGGAUGAUAGCCUAUACAGGAGGCCACAAUCCACGGCCUAACCGACCUGCUUACCUUCAUUAUAACAAUGAUCAGCAAGCCUCGUUCGGUUCCAUCCACGGGUGCUUGCUUGAGAAUGUGACGCCACCUUUGCGAGAAUCACACUCCUUGCACCCAAACCUCACGCUUAUCGGUUGCCAAAGAGAUACCGGUACCGAUUCUUCCACAAUAGGUGCUGGGAGCAGCAGCUCCAUCUGCUGUGCAGCUCGCGUCCGACGAACUUCACUAGACCCAGCUGUUCUACCUCUUGUCGUGGACCAAGGGACCAGAGCUUCUCAGUACCUGGAACCAAUUCCUUGUCCAAGAGCCGGUCCAGGAACGCUACGCCCAGAGGUGCACUUCAUGUCUCUUCAUGACAGUAAUCACCUUACACAGAGGACAUGUGGGCAAGUUGUUGAUGCAGCAAGGGAUUCGAAUGCGCCGCAAACUGGUGGGAUGAUCAAUAUGAUGAGCUGCCGAGUACCCGACAGCAAUUCAGAACCAGUCGCUCCACAGGAUGGAGGUAAUGGCCCUGUACCAUCGGGAGAGGAUGACAUAGAAGGCUGUCUCAUCGCAGCUCGUCAGGGUCAGAGAGAUUCUGCGCCCUGCCACGACUCUUCAGUCGCUCCAGUAGCCGGCGGCGCUGCUGGCACGACCAGCGGCGGCGAACCAGUUGACCAGGUUGCAGGAGGCAAUGGUUCGCGUAGAGUAGAACAGCGACACAACCUGAAUAGCCAGGAACUUCCUCACCGGAAGAGGGUCUGCCUGCGGGCGUAGUUGGGGUGAGACCGUGAGGGAGAAUAUAAGUAUGUAGAGUUUUCUGCUUAAUAUUUGGUGGAAGCAUCCUUUUCGAAGACGAACGGUGACCUCACGCAGCACGCGCGCACUGGUGGGCCGAAGUCUUUUGGUUCUCUGUGCGAUAAAAUCUUAGAAGCUGCGCUUCUUAUCCCACAGCAUGCAUGACAUUGCCACCUUAAAGUUACGCCGAGGUACCGUUUGUUGUAUCAAGCCAUCGGUUGACUAACCAGCAGGGCAGACAUUGAGGCCUGGAAAAGGCUCAUCUCAUCCGGUGACUAACAAGCUAUAUCAUCCUAACCCGAAGGACGACAUGUUGAUCGGCGAUCGACAAUGUGUAGCUUUCCCGUUGGUCCGCCGACGACCACUGCACAAUGUCGUCGGUUAGCGCAGAGAUAGCUCGCUGAAUGGCUAGACAUAGCCAGAGUGAUGAAUUCAGAUAUCUCGCUGGAUGGCCUACCGUCUUCACCCGAAUAGAACGCCCGGUCAUUAUCGCUCCAUCUGGACUGAAAAAUGCCCCAAAUACAGCUCUAUGAUGACCGGGCGUUGUAUUGGGGUGAAGACGGUAGGCAGCUGCAUAGCCAGAUGUAUCUCAAUAUCUCAAUACCGCCUUUUUGUCAGAGUUACGUAGCUGUAUAUGUCAUCAGGACUGGUGUUCUUCGCCUGAUUGGACUGUAGCGUCGUCGAUUUCAGUCUGUCCCGUGUCAACAACAUUUACUGCGCUGAUCCUUUGUUCCUCAGGCACGGCGAGCGGUCGAGUAGCACAGCAAUUGUGUUGUGAACGUUACAAAUCGCAACGCCUUUGAAUUCCACAAUGUCCUAUCCAGGCACUCUAUACGCACAAUUUGUCUACAAGCAGGAUCAGGAUCGUUCCGGAAAAAGAUGUUGAGAUUCAUUUCAGAAAUUCGUAAGGCAAGACGAGAGAGCAUUCAACAGCAAAGGCAACUCUGACCUCUGACUUGGACAGCCCAAGUCAGACUUGCUAUCGAACUCCCGACUCCCAUAACCAAGCCAGAGUUGCUCUCAAGUUUCAGCACAGCAAUGCGUGCGUGAGACGAGAGAAGAGCAUCAGGCAGGCUUUGACAGACGGGAGUCACUGCCCGACAAAGAUAUGGCACAGAUCUGAGCACCGCGGAAAGGACGGGAGACGUCCUGGCCCGGCUGCGCUUCCUCGUGUGAAACACGCAGGAGAGGAGUGGUAGUUGAGAUGCAUAGUCAGGGCUAUUGAAUAUUAGAAGGUUCGGUAACUUCUGUUUCAAGUAGAGAGCUGAUCAGGGGAAAGUAGUUACGACGUUAGACGUGAGCGUGCAUGGAAAGCGGUGAGGGUAAUGCAAUGAAGAAGGCAGCGGUUGCAGCAGCGGAUGCAGGAAGACGAGCGCGGGGGGAAAGAAGGGACCGAGUGGCGAAGGAAACAAAACCACCAAGGGUACCAAGGAAGACGGGCGCGAUCGGCAGAUUUUAAGAACAUUGGACGACAACGUAUGCGGCCUGCCAUCUGCUUCUCGGUUGGAACAGGACGCUUCUGUGGAAGCAAAUAAAGGUAAUUCCCACACUGCUAUUGAGCUACAGAGAAAGUUACAACGAUUGCUGCCUUCAGUGCGUAUCCCCUGGGCAAAGGGUUCGCCGUUGUAUAUUGCCACAGCUUUGUAUUUUGUUCUCAUGUUUAUAUUAUUCCCUCCUUUUUUGGUGCGCAUUUUUUGUCAAAUGGCACCCCUAUUUCUGCCGUAGGGGAGCACUCGAUGCUAAAGGCCGAUGUGGCCCUGUUUAGUGGCCCAUCGAUGACCCAGCGGAUGUAGCAUGUCCUCCGGGAUAACAUGGCGUUGAUGUAGGAUGCAGGUUGAGUGAGAUUGCUGUAAGUCUGAGGUCCCACAUUGAGGUUUGUUGUUUCUUGCAGUUCACCUGAUGAUAUGCCAUGUGGAAAUGUCAUAAGGUCCAGUCGAUUAUGUGGCACCAUGACGACUCCCAUCUUUCUUCGCUUUCAUGGCAAUGUAGACUUCAAGAAUGAUCUCCCCCGCCGCAUCACUGUUCACUGCUCUCAUCUCCUGGCUCCAGUGUUGCAUUCCCUGAUUGCGUGGUUAGUUUGCGCUAGAGCUCCAGCAGAAGGACGCGCCUACCUGUUAUAGAUCGUGGGCCGAAAGGAGAACAACGCCAGACGGAGACCAGGAUCGCAAAGAUGGUGUUUGGUUUAGUGUACACAUGAAGUAGGCGGUGGUUUGUCAGUUGCACCGAUGACGUAGACCUGGCUGUGUUGGUUGCACCCAGAAGUCCAUGACCAAACUUGGGUCAGUUUUGGCUGUAGUAAACAUGUGCACACUGC